UCUUUGCACACUUUUAUACUCUUUCGGCGAGUGAACAUAAUUUUCUCAGACCAGAUUAUGAGAGCUCAAAAACUUCCAGCUUUUAUGAGUUAAAUUUUAAGCACGCAUACUUACGUCUUCCAAAAUCCAUAAGGCUUUAGAAAAAUGGAUUCAGCGCAACAGGAUUGUUACGGUGGAUCGUUUUCCGAUGACUUUACGGAAGUUUCUAGCAGAUUUAAUUCAAUGGAGGACCAAUGGUCUAGUCAGGUCAUGCCUAUACCAUCUCACACACCUCGGCGACAAGAUCUUCAAGUUGUUCCAAGCGAAGAGUGUUUGUCCUUCUUUACGGACUUGUACAGUUCCGACACCGAGAUGGUGUCUGGUGUGACAUCCUGCGAGAACUCAACAUCGAGAUUCGACAAACGUGACCCUAUCCACACUUCCCAGAGCAACAAAAACUUGCGAAUUCCUUCGGAUUCAGAUAGCCUGGAUAUCUACCUUGAGCCGUGUGUUCUGACGCCAACAUGUGUUGAUGACCUUUACAGUACUUUAAAAGACGAACAAACUGACGUCUUUACCUUUCAGAAAGUAGAAACAACGUAUCCAGAAUCAGAGCUUCAGUCUUGUCAGGCAGGACCCCAAAUGUCUGAUCAACUCUCGUGGCAAAUUAAUAACUUACCAAAACAGAUCAACUAUCCACCCAAAUGGGAACAUAGAAGUAACAACACAAUUACUCAGGAAAACAGGCAUGUCAAAGCAUAUGCCCCGUUUAAAGCAUAUGCCCCGUUUAUACACACAGAGAUAGGCAAAGAGACACAAGCGCCAACAGUGCAGACUGUGAAUUUUACCGAAAAUCCCCAAACUCAGAAUACGCUGGCAGAACAUGGUUAUGGAUAUUUCAAAGCUUUAUCCGUGCCUAACAACGUUUUAGACAAUCGAAGGACAUCGCUGCAAGAUGCAAAGUUGGAACAAGUUGUUUACCUUGAUCGACAAGUCAUCAAACCAGUUGCUCUCAACUCAUCACCAAACAGUUGCUUUCAAGAAAACUACUUGAGCAAAUUGUUGGCCAACAAUAAAUAUGAUAAAAAUAGGGUAGAAGAGGAACUGCCUACAAGAAAAAGUAAUUUGCCUUUUAAUUCAAAAAUACAAACAAAUGAAGUAGAAUUAGUUCGACAUUUAGCUAACGCAAAUAUAAGAGAGAAACCUUGGAAAUCAUCGACACGAGAAGAAGGCAGUUCUUUAGUUCAGGAUGAUGUCCACUCAAUAGCGAACAAAGACCAACGUGAAAGACCAAUGGUAUUUGAGGACAAGAUUAUACGUUCCUUGCACAAUGAUAUCGAGAAACAGCGAAGGGACCACAUGAAACUCCGGUUUGAUAACCUUCGAAAGGCCACGCCAAAACUUGAAAAUUGUGAGAAAGCGUCUAAAAUACAAAUACUUAAAGAAGCAGUUCACCUGGUAAAAAUAUUAGAGAACGAAGGAAUAAGGUUGGAAAUAGAAAAAGAAAACGAAAAAGUAAAAAACGCAGCCCUUUUAAAAAAAUUACAACGUCUCACUUCAUUUACAGAAGAACAAGAGAAGAAAUUGAACCUCAAGGCGGGUAACGCAAAUCAUGUUUGGAUUUCGGAUAUCACUUGGAUGUCACUUGAGAAGCAACAGGACAAGCGAGUGGGAGGGGAAAUGAAUUGGAAAGAGCAGUGGUACGAACAUUUAAAUACACGUGUGCGACCAGCAGUUACGAUCAGUCGAAAGCUGAGCUUUCUAGAGUGCACAUCAAAAAUGACACCUCAAUCCGCAGAAACUACGAAGAUGUUAGAAUACCCGAAAUAUGAUUCGCCCCCUUACAUUAAAGAAGACGAGAAUUUUUUCUUCCCAAAUCCUGGGAAUGAAUUCUGGGAGACGUUUUGCCUUUUAACCCCUCCGCUUUCACCAGUGAAUGGAACCACAAGUGAGAUUGAAAAACAUUUGCAAGACGCAGUACCAAGCGGCCCGCUUGACGAGUUGCGAGAAAUUUCCCGCUUCACAGAAGAAGCGCGGGAAAUCAGCUCAUCGCCCGGAUCAGCGCCGAUACUCAAUGACAUAAUGUGGAAUGCGGGGGAGCGAAUCAAAAGGCCGGACUCUGCAAUAGACAUUGAGAUGCGCUCUAGUCUGAACAUGACUCCGGUUUGUUUUGAUUCUAUCGCGAGUACGUACGUCGGAGCUGAAGAUUUAUUUUCGUUUACAUCGCUUUGGGCGGAUCAAGGGGAAUGUUCAACUGAAGGGAAUUCUAUUGGCAGGAGUUUGCACGACGUUUCAGACUCAGACGAAGAAAUCGACGUCGUUGGUAUCACCACUAGCGAGGAUUCGCGUGAAACGGCUCCAGUAAACCACGCGUGUUCGCGGCCCCUUGGUAUUAAAUGUACACAGAAUACGCCGCAACCACGGCUUUCACAAAGACAGAAAGACAAACCCGAUGAGCAAACUUCAUCUGACAGUGAACCGGACAAUUUCAGAAUCUCACAUAAUGACUUAGAACGAAAAAGGCGUAACGAGCUGCGGAGUCGAUUUAAUUCGCUUCGGAAAAGUAUUCCUGAGUUAGAAAAUAACGAGAAAACAGCCAAAAUAGCGAUAUUGAGGAAGGCAUAUGAACUUGUGCCAAGGCUGCAAAAGGAGGAACUUCGCCUGAAAGAGGAAAAGAAUGCGGAGAAACGCAAAAAUGCGGCGUUAUUAGAGAAACUUAUGAAACUGACCAGGGCUUGCAAAGAACGAUAAGAAAUUGCAUAUAAAACUUUCUUACAACAGAAAGGCAUUAUAAUCGAAAGGGUGUGACAAGAGAAAAAGGACAUGAGGUACAAACACCUCAAUUCCUGUGCUUAUAAUCUUAUAAGAAAAAUUUCAAGAAAAGAAUAUAUAUCUGAAAACAUCCAUUCACGUAUAAACAGUAUAAUCAUAGUAUGAGCUAGAGAGGCAGAGAGGGGCUAGUUUUUUCCCCUUCUAGAAUUGUAUAAUAAAAAUAUAUACAAGUACUAAAGGAGCAUCAGAUUCUA